AUGCAGCUCCAGACGCUCGCGUACGCCAUCUCGGGCGCCUUUACGCUCCUGUCGAUCGUCCUCUCGGGAUGGCUCAUCUGGACGCAGCUGCUCUACAACCCGUCCGCGCGCAUCCGCAAGCACGUGAUCCGCAUUCUGCUCAUGGUCCCCAUCUACGCGCUCACGUCGUACAUGGCGCUCGUGUUCAACGACUCGAAGCUCCUGUUCGAGACCGUGCGCGACCUCUACGAGGCGUUUGCGCUCUACUCGUUCCACUGCUUUCUCGUCGAGUACCUCGGCGGCCCGUCGGUGCUCGCGGGCACGAUGCGGUCGAAGCCGCCCAUGACGCACGUGUUCCCCUUUUGCUGUGUCCGGCCGUGGUCCAUGGGCGGCAAGUUCCUGCAGCAGACGACCGUCGGCAUCUUGCAGUACAUUCCCAUUAAGCUCUUGAUGAGCAUUGUCAUGCUCGUUACGAGCUUAGCCGGUGUCUACGGCGAAGGCGAGCUCAUGAACCCAUGCGUGAGCUAUGGCUACGUGUGCCUGAUUCUGAGUCUCUCGCAGACCUGGGCGCUCUAUUGUCUGCUCCUUUUCUUCCACGGCGCGCACGAAGAGCUGCAGCCCAUGCGACCGUGGCCCAAGUUCCUUGCGAUCAAGGCCAUUAUUUUCUUCACCUACUGGCAGUCCGUGAUGAUUAGUAUGCUGGUGAGCGUGGGCGUGAUCUCGGCCAAGUGGCACAUUGGGUGUCCAGACUGCUGGGACGCGCAGAAAAUUGCCUCGGCGCUCAAUGACUUUGUCAUUUGUGUUGAAAUGCUCGGCUUUGCCGUGGCCCACCACUACGCGUUUGCCAUUGAAGACUUUUUGGUACCGUCCGGGGCCUGCGGCGUCAGUGUCCCGUCGUCGAACGUGAAAGCGCCGCUGCUGGCGAAUUUCAUGGACGCGAUCAAUGUGACGGACGUGUCCACGGACUUGAAGAACUCGCGGAACGAGAUUCUGACCAAGAAACAGGCCCUGGCUGCCAAGUUUGAGCAGCGCUGCAUCUAUUCCCCUCGUGGUGGCAUGUUUUGA